GCGCACGUACAGCACCCACCCAUUGCGUCAGCGCGCGUGCUCCGUGCGGAUGCUUGAUCGUAGGCGAUGAUGGCGGAAGGGGAGCAGCGCUGAGUUCCGUCCGUGUUUCUACCACAGCUGUAGCUCCGUUUACGACACCGUUUGUCUCCGUCCACCGCUUUCUAGAGACGAUGGGGAACGAGGCCAGUAUGGAAGGGGAGGGACAGGCGGAGCAGCCCGGCCCCGCCGCGUCUGCAGCGGGAGCUCCGACUUCUAUUUCAGCACCGCCGGACUCUGGACAGCUCAUCAAACCGAGCAAUGGAGCGCCUGCCGGGGGGAGCGGAGCCGCAGCCGGGCCGGGGAUUAACAGGCCACCUCAAUCAGAUCCGGGACCAAAAGCGGGUGCCCAGAGUAUUCACGGGACAGGUGACCGGUUGGCUUCCCAUGAUAUACCGCAGUCUACCACACCUCAAGGAGAACGGGGCCAAGGACACAUGUCCAGGAAGAGUCUGCAGGUGGAUUUGAGUAGCAGCAGGACUGGAAGGUCCCCUUCUGUGUCCCCAGACCGAGGCAGCGUCCCCACGUCCCCCUACUAUGUGCCUCAAAUUGCACCCAUGCCCAGCAGCAAACUGUGCCCCGUCUGCAAAACCACUGACCUGAUGGCAAGUGGGGACGACAAGCCUAGCUUCAACACCUGCACACAGUGUCACUGCAUGGUGUGCAACCAGUGUGGCUUUAACCCCAAUCCUCACCUCACAGAGGUAAGUAGCUUGGCUAAGACAUAUUCAGAGGGAUAAUAGCAGAUUUGUACUUUUUC